AGUGACAAUAAGUCAUAUAAUGGAAAAGAACAGCUUCAGAUUGGGUCAUACACACAUAUGCCACUUUUACUUCACAAUGAAGAUGACCCUCCAGAGUCUUCAGCAGCUGAGCAACCUUCUACUUCUACAGAGCCUACACAGACUUCUCAGACAGCAGCUUUAUCUGAAGCAGAUACUUCUCCUCCACCUUACUGUAGCAUAGCUGUAGAAGCAGCUGCAACCUCAGAAACACACAAUGAAUUUUAUCCUGUACCACCUCCAUACAGCGUAGCUACCUCUCUUCCUACUUAUGAUGAAGCAGAGAAGGCCAAAGCUGCAGCAAUGGCGGCUGCUGCAGCAGAAGUUGCCCAACGAGAAGAAGAGUAUCCACCACGGGAUGAUUUCAGUGAUGCAGAUCAGCUUAGAGUGGGCAAUGAUGGCAUCUUCAUGUUGGCAUUUUUCAUGGCAUUUAUUUUCAACUGGAUUGGAUUUUGUUUAUCCUUCUGUAUAACAAAUACCAUAGCUGGAAGGUAUGGUGCAAUCUGUGGAUUUGGUCUCUCCCUGAUCAAAUGGAUUCUCAUUGUGCGGUUCUCAGAUUACUUUACUGGAUAUUUCAAUGGACAGUACUGGCUUUGGUGGAUAUUUCUUGUACUUGGACUCCUGCUGUUCUUUCGAGGAUUUGUCAAUUAUCUUAAAGUCAGAAACAUGUCUGAAAGUAUGGCAGCUGCUCACAGAACAAGAUUUUUUUUCUUGUACUGAAGACUGCAUCGAACAGACAUUCCUUUCCUAUACCAGUGUGAAAUUUCCAGAUGAUCUGUAACUCUCCAAGUUAAUAGGAUAGAAGACUACUAAAAACAGAAGACAAAUUAGUGAAGAUACAGCUUCAGAAAUGAAUGACAGGAUGGUUUAUGGUCAAGUGCCAGUUCUGGUCAUUCGAGUAAAUAUUUAUAAUUAUUGCUUUUUAUUUCAGCACAUUUGCAUAUGUGCUUUGAGGAUAGUAUUGAAGUAAGAACAAACCAUCUAUUAGUACAGAUUAAGUAGAGUCAGACUUGGUUAAUCUGUGCUUGUUAUAUCUGAAAGAUUUAAGUGGUAAUUUGUUUUACAGCAUGUACGUGCCACUGACUUAUUGAUCUGAAGUUUGAGUAAAAAUGGAAUGCAUUAAAUGAUUCAGAG